AAACUGCUCGUGUUCCUAAGACCGCACGUGUUACCACGGUGUCGACGAAACAUUGCGCGUAUACAGGGUUUCGCUGCGAGCUCCAAAGUGACGAGAAAAUCGAGCUUCAAUUACGAUAAAAUCGGGGUACGGCCGGGGGCGUGUGUGCCGGUGUGGUGCAAUGUGAGCGAGUGUGGGGGUACGCGAUCAGUAAACAAAAGCGGUAUCGUCUCGUGAAGUUCGUAGAAGUUGAGAGAAAGGAGGGAAAAGGGAAAAAGAGGAAGCAAAAGGAAACCGGUAGUAGGUCGAGGGUGGUGCUGUGACCUAGUGCGGAAGUACAGCCAUCCUGCACAAUGAUUGUGCGGAGAUGCUUCACACCAACCGCGGUAUUCAUCAUUGUCCUAACGUUGUUAGGCAAAUUCGACGGAAGCGCGGCUGAGCGAUGGUCACGACAAAUCUCCAACAGCGAGUGGAUUCCGCUGGCUAAUCCGGGAACCGCGUCCGCUCAAUUGCCACGCGGCAACGCGGAAGGCGGACUUCUGUCUUCCAGCAGCGCUACGCAUUCGCCGAAUCCAGUCCAAUCGCUCUCGUUACCGCCGGCCCUUCAGCAGCAGUAUCAAGAGCAACUUAUUCAGCUGCAGAAGACGCAGGAGAGUAUUCAAAAGCUCCUUCUGUUGCAGCAGCAGCUUAAAACUCAGCAGCAGCUUCUUCAAACUCAGACAUUCAUUCCCGGUGACUAUAGUAAUGCUGAAGAUGAGAAACAAGCGUUACCGCCUAGUUCCUUAGGCAACUUGCAAACGACAUCAGAAUUAGCGUCGGAAGCUUUGGUACCUUCACAUCCGUCUUCGGGAGCUCUUCCACCGGUACAUCCCCCUCAGAACUUCCUACCCCAAAGACCGGGACAGGCGUCUUACCAGAAUAGUAAUCAAAAACUUUCAAACUUACCUAUUCAGGGUCAAGGGGUUAUACUGCAACACGGCGGAAAUGUGGAGGAAGAACUACAUGCUUACGUAACGAAACAAGGAAACCAGAGACCUGAUGAAAAACGUUUGAAGGGACAACCGACAUUACCGCAAUCCUCUCUAAUCGAAAACGUUGGCGACGACGAGGAGGAGGAGGUUCAACUAGUAUAUGUCCCGGCGGAAACGCUAGCGCAAAGAGGUCAACCGAAAAGAGUCCGUGGAAGGAAGCAAUAUCCCGUUCGUCAACAUCAUCAACAACGAGAAAAUCAAGGAAACUUCGACCAAACCUCUCUUUCGCCCGAUCAAGAAACCUAUGCGCGGCAAAUUUUGCAACAGAUUCAACAGGAGCAUGAAGAGAAGGCACAAUUCCUGAAGGAGGAACGCAUAAAAGAGUUCACUAGAUUGAACGAGGAGCAGAAGGCACUCGAACGGAAGGCGCGUCUGCAGCAAGAGGCGCUUCAAAGGGAACAGGAAUUGUUGCGACAAAAAGAGGCCGAGAGAAAACGAAAGGAGCUGGAAAGGCUGGAGGAAAUGGCGAGGCAACGAGAACUGGAUCGAAUUCGCGAGGCUAGAGAGAAGCAGAGACAGGAAGAGCUCGAACGACGACGGCUUAGUGAGCUUCGCAUCAAAGAGGAGAGACGCCGCGAGGAAGAAGCCAGACAACGUGAAGAGAGCCAAAAAUUAGCAAGGCUGGAGCAACAGAGGAUCCUGGAGAGUCAACAGGAGGAUCAAUUACGUCCCACCAAUCCGAGCUUACUUCAUCAAAACGUUCAGUCUCAAGCUUUGAGCCGCGAACAACAAGAGCGUCAUCAGCAUCUUACAGAAGGUACCAGGAUCAAGAAAAUUCGCGGUAGGCAACGUCCACGGGUCAACCAAUAUCAGGAACAGUCGAACUAUCGUGAGACCACUACCACGCCGUCGCCUAAUCAGCCACCCCUUUCCGUUUACAUGGGCGGUCCCACGUCUAGAUUAGAUAACGUCAAAGUUACCGAUGUUCUGAGACUCUUAAAACAUGCGAAAACCAUCGCCGUUCUGGAUAACGUCGGCCCUGAUAGCCCACAGGUGUUCGUGGGCCCUUCAAAUCUAGACCCUCCUUACGGUUACGCGAAGUUUGAUCUUCCCUACUUGUCGUCGAUCGACCACAACAGGGUGGAGCGCAAAGUCGACAAAUUGCCUUUCUUCGUCGCUCCGUUGAGCUUCGAUCCACCCCCGGGCUACUCUAAAAUCCCCUUCCCAGCACCGCACAUCGGUUCCGUCGUUGUCAACACGCUCUCGGAAUCAAACACCUCGACGGACGAACAGAAUCCCAAUCCGACGCCACUAAUCGAGCCAAAUUCCUAUGGCGAUGCUGAUCAAGGUGGAUCCAUCGCUACCACCGCAUCCUACGACUCCUCGACCACUCAAAACUUCUCCCCGGAAUCCAGCAGCCCUAAGUAUGAGCACUCUUAUUCAACGCCAUCUUCAAAUUCGAAGUUCAGAUUCAAGCAGUAUUAUGACAGUAAGCCGCCUUCCGGAGCCAGUAUUACGACGUAUUACGACGACCAAUCUGCGAAGACAAAACCGAAACAAUAUUACGGACAAGAGUCCAAGUCGACUACUCAGCCUCCUAAAUUCGAUACGACAGUCAGUUAUAGACAGGAGGUAUCUUACUCGAGUACACCGAAUUUCCAGGACAAGUCGAUAAAUUCGCAGGAUCCUUCUACAAAAGAGCAGGAUCUGGCAGCUCAAUUGGCGCUCAUCAAUCAAGAGCUCAGCCAGCAAAGAGAGAUUCAGAAAUACAACACCGCCGAGCAGUAUCAUUCUCAGACUAAUCUGGGUGAUUCGUACGACGCCAAUGACGUCAGAGCGCCAGUUGGACCCACGCAAUAUAAUUUACCGGCGGAAUUACCGCCGAUCUCUCCGCAUCUGCCGGGCUUGGUAAAUUCCUUGUUGGACAAACAGGAGAGAAAUCCUCCUGUCGCUCCGACGCCACCACCGACGACGACCACGACAACAACCCCAACGCCGAGAACGACGACUGCUCGUAUAAGCUCCACGACUUAUAGGCCACGAGGAAGAAGCAGAAUCGUACCUACAAGACCCAAGACGACUCAGACACCUGGUAGCAAAACUCGGAGACCAAUAUAUAAUCGAUCUAAAUCAAGAUUUACGACUACCACGGAGGAAUAUCGCGAUUCAUCUUAUGAGCCAACGAAGGCGAAAACCACGCCAGAAACCACGCAGAAGUAUAGCGCGGCAGAACACAGAAGACCAGUAUCUAGAACGCAGAAGUAUAGGAAUCGAGAUAGAGCGAGUUCCCAUCAAUCCACGGUUCAAAGCCACAACGUUCCAGCAGCUAACUUCGAGAACUAUCCGCAGACCGAUUCGCAGAGUAACGUAUCUCCCGAUAUGUACACGUCGGUGAGCGGACCCGGUUCUAGUCUCCACCAGAAGGAAAUCCCUCCGUCAGGCAUAAGCAAUUACGCGGAGAGUUAUCCGACCCCCAUCCCCACGCAGACCGAGAAUUAUCCGCCGUUACGCGAGGUCACGGCCCAGCACAGCACGCCCUUGAUGUCCGACGAUUAUUCCAGAAGUCAGAAUUAUCCGCAAAACCACCCUCAAGAGACGCGCUACCAGCAGCAGCAGCAGCAGCAAGACGCGGCGUACGAUCAGAACAGCGAUUUCCAGCAUUCGGGGCUUGAAAGAACUCCGGUGAACGGGUUCAAUUAUCAGGUCGCGAACGAGAAUCUGCCGGACCAAACGAUUCCGCAGAAAUCCAAGGAAUAUCCGCGUUAUCAGGAAAACGCCAACUACAAUCUAGCCGCGACAGAGGACACUAGGCAAGUCACACCGGGCGAGGAGCAUCGGUACUCCCCGAUUUACGAGGUCAACGUGGCGCAGACACAGCCGGAUUAUAACGCCGGCGGACAGAAUCCGUUCCGCAAUCUCGACGACGGCAAGAUCGAGAGCGCCGCGAUAGAGACCGAUCCGAAUGCCUCACCGAUCUUCGUUCCGCUUCAACAGAGCAAGCAGCAGGAUUAUGAAUUGCAGAUUCCCUCCACGGAACCAUCGCUUAUCGAAAUCGCCACGACCAGCACAACCACUCCGGCGCCCGUAAUAAUACGUCAGCGAGUUCGAGCUCGAUUAGGCGGUCGCACUCAUCACGACUCCGCGAUUCAGACGCGACCCCGUGGUUCCCAGGACGAAUAUGUACGUUUCAGCGUCGUGAAUAACGACUCCGGUCGCGGCACCGGUCAUCGACAUCGCGAAAGAACGAGAACUCGCACGCGUCCGCAGAGUCACGGAUCGCAGGUGCAAACCGAGGGUAACGAAUACAUAAAGAUACAGGCGGCCCAGCAGCAGAAGUUGAUCGCUACCACCACACCAUCGACGACGACGACGACGACGACGACCACAACCACGACACCCCGCACGGCGGAGGAAGACUUUGAUUACGGAUUUAUUAGACCGCCGAGCUUCCGCCCGGUUCAUCCAUUGCAUCCAUCGGUGGACAAUAGAUUCCAAGCGCCCAUUACGUACAGACCCGCUUUAUCCGAGAUACAGCACAUCCUCCCCAGCGACGAGACGGCGGUGGAAUCAAGUCCGAGUCACAUUUUGAAAAAUCGUCCGAAAUAUCAGACCUCGAACCGUCGUCCAAGUACAACAAAGGUAUUCGCAACAACGACGACGAGCACGACGACGGAAGUCGUACCUGUUGCGACGAUAAUGCCGGACGAUGCUGCGUUCACUGUAAAACCGAAAACGAGACCAGAGGAAUCAAAAUCGACGAGGGUACGCGGAAGAGUUCGCCGACCGGGAAAGAAACGUGUCACGACGACCACGGAAUCCGGGCUCGAGGCGAACAACGAGCUGCCGCUGGACGAAAACUACCCCCGAAUAACGCCGCAGCAGCUGCCGGUGACGGCGGCCGGACAGCAGCCUGUCUACGACGACAAUUUCGACGUCACGCCGCGAUUCGUGCCGAGUCAGAAUCGACCGGCGCAGUUGUACGAGGAGAACAGCGAAAGUUAUCCGCCCCAGGAAUUUGUUCUAAACUUCGGCAAUCUGCCGGAGCAGGUGUCGCAAGGACGCGAGGAGUACGACCAGACCCAGCUGGCCAGCAUCUCUUCAAAAAAGUAUAGCCAUUCGAGUAACGCGAACUCGGAUGCGAACGCGCACUCCGGUGACAUUUACGGCUCCGAGAGCCAAUGGUCUACGAAAUUGUCGAAAACAUCCUUCCAGCCGAGCUUCGCUUCGAAUCGCGUGGCUGGCGAAUCAAAGAGAGGUCGAGGUAGAACCGGCGAUGAUCAGGAGAACGAGAACGCGCCUGAAAUCAUUACGGCCGGGCCAGACGUGUCGUCGGUGACAGUGGUCGUUUCUUCGGAUUAUCAGAAACAGCAAAAUGACGGGGACAACAUCGGCAUGAUGGAUGGCUUUGGAUGGAAAACAAACGUGCAGGAAAGUCACACGGAGAAAUUGAAUGCCACGACAGCAGUGACGCCGGCGACAGUGCUUCAGGAUCAAGUUCAGAAUGAUAAGGAAACGUUGCUGAAGACGUCGCGAGACUGGACGAGCACUUCUACGGAGCAAACAGAUGACGUGACGAAAGUGACGAAAAAUAUCGCCAAUCCUCCUGCCGGUAGAAAGACCCGAAGAAGGAAGGUCCGCGUGCGGGUAAGACCUCUCGUGGACGAUUUCGUCACCGCCGAAUCACAACAUUACAGCUCCGCAGUGAACAAUCUGGUUCAAGAUCAAUACAAGUACAAACCGAUUCGCGAAUCAAGGUUCACCACCGCUGAACCGAUUGCGACGACCGUCACCGCAAGCACCACAACGGCCGCAGAAGCGACUCGGAAAUCGAUUCUCCAGGAUUUCUUGGAGGAAAUGCUGAAGAACGACGAAGUAUCCAUUCCGACUCGUGUUACUUCGUUCACUACGGAAUUGUCCGACUCGUGGACGAUCUCGACUCCCAUGACGACGCCAUACAUCCUUUCCAAUGACGAUGAAGCUACAACUUUGAAAGAGAAUAACACACCGAUCGAUACGACCCUGACAUCGAAUAACGGCGAAAAACGCAUCGCAACGAUAAGUGAACAGUCAAACGGAUCGAAAGACGAGUCUCGAGAGACGACAUCAACUGAAGGAAUAACCCGCUUGUCGCAGGAAGAGAUUCAAGUGCAAGAAAAAGUUACAUCGGAAGAAUACUCGAACAGACACUCUCAAGAAGACAAAAGCGAACAGAAUAAUUUGGAAAAUGUUCAAAUGUUUAGUCAGAGAUAUAAACUGCCGUUAGAUUACUCCUCUCAAUCGAAAAUCACGAAAAAAGACAAGGAUAGCAUGGCAGGCUCGACCGACCUCGCGAAGGAAGAAACGCGAAAGCUGAGUGCCAUCGAUAAAGUGAAGGAACAUAUAAUGACACUGAAGAAACAGGAGAACGUUGAAGAUAACGAGGCGCAUCCGAAGAAUCAUAGAGCCAAAUGGAGCGAGGUGAGAUACCCGUCGGCCUUGGAUAAAUCGCAAACUGCGUCAAAUCCGUAUUCCACGACGCCCAUCCCCGGGAUUGUAACGCGAAAGGAGGGCGACGGCAGCGUGAAAACGCUCUCCGACUACGUGAAGGCCAUCUUCGACACCAUGAAAAACUCCGAUGAGGAGGAGAUCGCGAUGGUAACCGAAGCCAGAAACGAGACUCCUACGGAUAACUCCAGGUUGAACGACGCCACUUCGGUGUACGUGGCGAGAGAAAAUGAGGAGCUCGUCACGACCGAUUAUCCGCAGGAUACUUCCGCGACGCAGCGCACGGAGAUCGAGGAAAGUGCGACGAAAUCCGUGAGAACGCAGGGGGCGACGGCGAAGGGGAGCGCUACGACGUUCGAAACGACCACGCUGAUCCCGGACACGACCGCGAACACGGUUGUACCAUCCGAGGAGGUUCCGAUAACGGAGUCGCCUUCCACGACAACCACGAGGACAGCGACAUCGAUCAGACAAAUGGGCAAUGUGUUUAGAACGAAUUCCACGAUGUUGGGGAAAGUUCUAAGAACCUCAACCACCACGAAGGUGUCUCACAUGACGGAGAUUUGCUACAGGGGUCGAUGCGUGAUGACGAAGCCUAAAGUGGAGGAGGGGAUGACGAGAUGAGGGGAAAUUCAACGAUUCCAUCGGCUGUGGGAUCAUCCUUAGCACUUUCCUGUCCCGAUUGUCAAAAGUUAAAGUUUAUAUUGCGGCGAGCCUCAGGAGUUGUUAAUUGAGCAUCUAUCAUUGGUGAGAAAUGCAAUAUAAAAUCGUAUCGAGUAACUUAGCAAUGCUUUCAUAUCCAUGUUUUUAGAUGUAUUUUACAUUUUAUACGAUUUUAUAUAUAGAUCAGUAGACGAAUUUCAAAAAAAAACAAGACAAAAGGCAAUACAAUAAAAAUAAUCGAAACUUUAGCGGACAGAAAAGUGUUAACUUUUGCACUUUUUGCAUAAUUCUUAUUUAUUGAUCGAGAUAUAUUGUGCUAGCGAAACGAAUCUUCAAAAAUUAUGUUCGCCUAUGUCGAAAGUGCAGUCAAGUCUUCGCAUUCUCUUAGAUUGCUUUUCUUGUUUAGAAUUCUCUUACGCAUCACAAAUGAUAUAUUUUUAUAUAUAUAAAAAAAAAAAUAAAUGUUUAACCUACAAGCUAAAAUUACAGCGCAAAAAGUAAAACGGUGAAUUGAUUAUAUAAUUAAGUUUCCGUCGCACACGUAAAGAAACGAUCGAUGCUCUCUCCAGGCACUUUUAUUUAGAGAAGAUAUUUUAUCGCUGGGGGAGAUAAGGCAUCGCUCAAGAUGUCGCGACAAAUUAUUGUGUGUCGGAGGGUUAAAAGCAAAAUACCAACGUGAUAUCGUGAAAAGGGACGAUUUCCCCUUCUGGGAAAUUCCGUGUUGCUAGCGGCAAAUCGAUCGUCCGUCGCGACGCGUACUUAUAAAAAGGGCGCCGAGCUUACGCCGGCGUCCUUCCAGCGCGAGAUCGAAGCGCGGAAGUUCGACUCGAGCGAGUAAUAGGGAGCUAAGUCUUAUUUAAUUUAACUACAUACACCUGUGUGUAGUAUACGUGUAAGUUAAGCGUGUAAGUAUUUUAAUAAAAACGCGAGAACGCAAAAAAAAAUUA